GAAUAUCAAUUGACCCACAACAGGUCAUAAUCAUCGGUAGCGAACGACGAGCAACGGCAAUACCAAAAACAACAACAACGUCCCGAUCGCAAGUAUUACUAUACUCGCUGACUCGCGUUUUCCAGUUGGAUCCACCAAUUUUCGUUAAAGUGAUUUUCCUAUUAAGUCAUCAUCGCCUCAUACCAAAAUACAGAAUUUGGAUAGAUGUCCGAACUGAAAACAGUUAUAGCACUGCAGAGGUUUUGAUAAAAAUGGUUUAACUUUGACCUUUUCACAUAAGAUGAUACAUCAGUCUUCAAAAGUUAAAAUGACCCAUGGAAACCACAAAUGUCUUGGUGAAUGAGGGACAGAACAAAAGUAUAGUCUCCUGCAUACACUGUGAUUCUCGUGUCCUGUCACCACAGUCUGCAGCCUUCCUUAACCAGACACAUCCUCUUCCAACUCCAACACAGCCCAAGGACCAGCCAUCACUUAAAACAGAAGAUCUUGAUGAGUGGUGGGUUGUUGAUGACAUGUUUACCUUUGACAACAUUGGUUUCUCACACACGGUCGGAAGCACCAAGUAUUUGGUGUGUGCGGACUGUGAACGUGGCCCCGUCGGGUGGCAUGACAACAAUACCAGAAAGAGCUAUGUUGCACUUGCCAGGGUGAAACAUACGUAGCCUUUCCUGUUAUUUCAAUAACAAUCAAACUGGCAACUCAGAACAUGCACAAGAUCCAUCUGUGUACUUUACUGUAAAAAAAAAAAAAAAAACAAAAAAAAAAAAAAAAAAAUAACCAGAAAAAAGUUUUGCUUUCUUCUGAAUACAUGUACAGUACUCUUAGAAUUUGUAUUUAAUAUUUUUCACAGACUUUUAUCCAUAAGUUGAUAGGUUCUUUGUGUAUAAAAUAUCUUCACAACAAUUAUAUGUGAUUAGCAAUAUAGUAUAGUAUGUACUUUUACAGAAGGAAUAUGUUGAUUGUUUUACUUGAGUAUGGUGCAAUAAUCAUGAAGUUAUCAUGACCAAAUAAUUUUUAAGUAUAAUGAUAUAUAAAAUUGUUUGUCCAUUAAUUCAGCUUCAGUCCCUUUUCUUGGUGAUAGCAAAUGGUGUGGUAUGGUUUUGUUAAGUAAACAUCCAUUGUAUUUUGAUAGGUAUUUAGGUUAUCUUUUGUGGUGUGUAGUAAUAAAAUAGGUAAAUGUAAUACGUAUACAAUAGAAAAUGGUAUGUUCAUAAUUGUCACAAUUUUAUUGUUGGUUACCCCUGUAACAUUAACUUGCAAAUAUGCAGUCUAUCUGCUUUUAUUAUAACUCCUGGAAAUUUGUUGUAAUUUGCUCAAGGAAGCUUGGUAAUGGGACCUAAUAGUUUCUGGCCCUUGGCCAUAAUAUUCUCCCUGUUUUGAAGGAGAAUCUAACAGCUAGUUAAUGUAGUAUUUUACUUGGAAGUGGGUGUGUUUUAGUCAGUUGAGGAUCAAGUCUACAUUGCCUUGUAAUACUCAGGUGGUCAAGUUUCUCUCUUGCUAUUUUACCUUGUGAUGCUGUAUUAUUUCAUAACCAUUUCUUGUAGCUAGAUAGAUACUGACACAUUGUUUUUCAUGGUUGUUUACCCGCUACACUAUUUCCUUCAAUGAUCUUAAGGGUGUACAAUAGGCUUGUUAUUGUCAUAUCUAUUACACAUGGUCAAGUUUUGUAAUGGACAAUUGUGGCACUAUAUAGCCUUGUAUAAUAUUGUUUCCUGUCCUACACAUUCCAUGAUUUUACUAGAAAGAAUGAAAUGCUCUACCAAAAUUGCUUGAAAACACCUCUAGUAAUUUUGGUUAGCUUAUCUUAUUGUUUAUUAAUUUUUAUUACCAAUUUUGAGUUAUGCAAUUUUUGCUAUAUGGGGACUUUCACAUAUUUCCUCUAUGUAUUUUAGAAAUUGAGCAAUUGAGUCUGUUUAAUCUGCAUUUUCUUUUGUAUAUUUCCAUCAACAGCUUUUUAUCCUUGUCCUCCCUUUGGACAGGUACCAAUUACAGUUGGUGGUAUGAAAUGUUUUUUGCAGUGGCCCCUCAGUCCAAGCUGAAUUGCUUCUGCCUCUACUUUUAUCUCUUCUUUCCUAGCUGUCUAAUUUAAAAGUUGACCUUCUUGUAAUCUAUUUUUCAUGUGAGAGCACAUCCUUUUAGAUUGCAUAUGAAACUAGAAAUGAUUCAGUGGUCUCACACUAAUUUACAAUAAGAUCUUCCCUUUUUAAUUAUUUGGCACACUAUAUUAGUAAUUGUAAUUUAUGAAAUUUAAUAUGUCUAGCCAUGCUAAGGGCACUUAUGACAAUGAAAUAAAUCGAGCUGGAGUUGUUGUAUACAAAGAUGAAGAAAUCUAGGUAUUAACGGAAAUGAAGUAUACAAGGAUCUGAAGGUGGAACUGGGAGAAACCCUGACAGAUGCAAUAAGAAGUAACAGUUAGAGGUGUUGAGAGCAAGACAAGAAUAAAAGCAAGAAUGCAGUUAAAAGUAAAAGGCUAAAAAGUGGAAGUAACUAGGGACCAAAGGAACACUGCAAACACCCGUUAGUAAUGCUUACAGUGCACCACAGGAGAUGCACUGACAGUGUUGUCCUCUUCAAGGAGACAUUCUGUAUUGGCAACUUUUCAAUCUUGUCAUGUAUGUAUAGAGGUUUGCUUCCUCCUUUGUUCAAACAAUUCCCAAAUUAUUUUUAAAUUUUAAUUAAAUUAAGACAAGUGCAUGGUGCCUUUUUAUUUUGGAUUAUAAGCUAUGGCUCCCACGUAAUCACAUAUACGAUUAGUGAUGCUAAUCAUUAUUCCACUGAUCUGCUCCUAUUCUACAAUACCUGUACUAUUUAGUAAUUAAAAUCCCCAAAAAACAAGAAGAGGGCUCAGGGAAAUUUCAAACAGGAAUGGAAAGAGAAAUGGUAGAAUGAUAAAUGAUGCCACUGUGAGUAGUAACAGAUUUAGUUGUGUUGGCAGCAAAAUGUACAGAAUGAACAAGAAAAAAUUUUCAGCUUUUGCAUUGUAACUUUCUGAUAUUCCAGUGUUGAUAUAAAGAAUUUCUUGGUUAGAAUAUCAGAAAACAUAUAAUAGAAAGUUUAAGCGGACUGUGGCAAAGUAUUUUUGGCAGGAGAAAGUUUCGAUUUUGUUUUAGGCUACUGAGUAAUGAGAAAAUACAAAAAUUAGCCUUAAGCAACUGUGUUCUUAAAUUGAAAUCUUUUCUGGAUGGUUUUUCUGUUUGAAUUUCUUUUUAUUUUAUUGUAUAGUAUUAGGUGGUGUGUAGACUAAAAGUGGAGGUGCAGUCAUUUGUCACUGAAUAAAGCAGCUUGCUGUUAACAGAAUGAAGCAUAUUUAGGUUUAUGACUUAUGAAUAAAACAUUGCUGACUGACAUAGGCACAGAACUGAAGGAGAAUCUGGUGAGCUGAGCUGAGACAAGUUAAGAUAAAGACUAAGAACUCUAAUGAGGACCAUUAUUUAUUGGCAAUUUCAAAGAAUAAGUUUAUAUAUGGUUAUUUUACAAAACAUAACUUUGAUAAGCACUAACUCCUUAAAAACAGACAAAGCAAGGUAUGAUGACGUUGACUUCAUGAAUUAAAAAUACUAAUAUGUAAUGUGAAGUUGAAAUGGCAUUUAGAAACUUUCAUAAGAUACACUGUAUAAAUUACCUAAAGAAUAUGUAUUACAUUUACCAUCAUUAAACUACAUUGACUUUUAUUUACAUUAGCCUAUUUUAAUGGUAGAAGUCUUAAAUUUAAGUCAGAAGACAUUGUUAGUUUAUUGGUGUAACGUGUAAUUAGAUCUGGCUAAAACCAAAUUUUUAUAUUCCAGCAACCAGCAUUUUCUGUAUAUGUUUCUAACAAAAUGCAAAGGCCAAAUGUACAAUUGCGAGAGUACCCAUUGUCCAUGGAUUUUCAAACCAGCUGUGUCCAUGUACAUGAAUAAAAAUAAAAUCUUUAUUUUGACAUCAGUGAUGGUUGGCAUGAAUUUUUUGGGUCUAGUCAAAAGGAACAAGUAACUAUAAAGAAGUCGUCCCCUUCCAACCUCACUCAAUUUUUGAUGAUUUCCCCUGAUUUGGUUCCUUCAUUUGUAAGAAGUUUACCACCAUUGCUAUGAUAAAUUACUACAUGGCACAUGGGGAUAAUUUAAGCUUAAGCCUCUCUUCCACAGUUAAGAGAUGAAUAAACCCUUCAAAAUAUACUUGUUGGGUCUCAUGAUGACAGGAAAAAUCUCAUAUGCAUUAUAGUGGAAAAAAUGUUAUGUUAAAUGGUACAUGACUGGCUAAUUGUGUGAAUAAAUAACAUUUCAAUUUUAUAUACUGCAAUGAUGGUGGAAAUAACAGCUUUUUCUAAUAAUGUCAAUAUUAAUGCUAAAUCAGUUAAGAGAAUCUGGAAAUCUUGUAUAUGGGUGUAACUCAUAAAUUAUAUAAUGGAUCUAUUGAAAAGAAAAACACCUUCAGACCUUACUCAACUUUUUAGGCAACAUAUUCACCUUCCUUCAUUUUUUUCCAUUCACAGUUCCAUAGCCCACCAGCACUUUUACAAAGACGUGCUCUCAUGCAAAUGAUAUUGAUGGAAUUUAAGACUCAUGAAGAUGAUUUUAAGGUGUAAAAUUUUCAGCACCUUUUAUUUGUUUGUGAGCGUUGGUGCCACAUACUAUAUAUUACUGAAUACUGUAGCUAUGUCUGAAGACACUUAAAUACAGUUUAUACUAUUUUUCUGUCUUGUAAAUUAUAUAUUUAAUAAGUAUUAAACAGAAUGGAGCCAAGAAGAACAUUUUUUCAUAUUUAAAAAUCAAUAAAUGAUAACAUUUAAGAGGAGAGGUGAUAAAAACAGAGUAAUUAAAAUAAUGUAAUGCAUUUUGUUGUAUGUGGUACAUAUGCAUUGGCUUUAUUCAGUUUCCAUUUCCAGUAGUAGCAUUUGUUAUGUGAAUGUAGUAAGGUUAUUCACUUAACAAAUGGAUGUUGGUAAUUAACAAGUAAAUACUCCUGGUUUGUUUAACUAAAUUCUUGGUAGGUUUUCUAAGAGUAAUUUGUAAUUUUAAUUCACUAUAUAUGACAGCUGGCCUGGAAAUUAAGUUUCUUCAAACCUAACAACAUCAACAAUUCAUAAAUAAUUAACUCUUUGACAUUUCUGGAUCUUGGCAAAACUUGUCUGUGGUACUUUUAAAGCUAAAUUUUUUUUCUGUCUGCUCACGAACUUUAUGGUGCUGUACAUUCUUUGAUCAUUCCAGAAGUCGGUUUCACAGUGGGAUAACGUUAUUUUGAAGCUGACUUGUAUUUUAUUUUAAUAAUAUAUGCUCAACAUGAAUAGUCACAAUGGCUAUUAUAAGAUAGCCAAGAGCAUUAUUUGUUGACUUUGCUAUAAGAAAAUAUUUGUACAAAUCAGGAAAUAUAUAUAUACAGUAGAGUAUAAAUGUUUUUUGCAUCAUGCAAAACUAAAGUGAACUGGUGAUUAUAUAUAAUUUUCUGGUACAUAUAUUUAUGCUAGCUGUUGCACAGCAAAUUUCAAGGGAAAUAUUGCAAUAAUUUUGUUAUAAUUUGCUGGCCAUAAUUUGCUAACGCAGGUAGAGCUGAUGUUACCUAGAUAUUCCUACUUGGGUUAAAUGUGUUAAAUUAUCCCUUAGAAUUCUGCAAAAGUCAUCUAAUUGAUUCCAUACCCAGAAAUACUUUUUAAUGAAUUUUCCGGUAAUUUCAGAGGUUGAAAAUUGUUAACUAUAUCAGAAUUUUAGAAGGUUACUGGAUAUAUGGAGUCAUGGAAAAAAAAGUGAACAUAGUAUUUGUUUGCCAUUAUCUGUGUUCUGUUUGCAGAAAAUCACACAUUCUUAGCAAAAAUUAACAGAUAUUUAUGCACUGGGGUACAGAUAUUUGAUUUGUUUAUAAGAAAUUGUAUGGGAUCAUUUUUUUAUAUCAGUUUGAUCAUGGAAAUUUUUAUCAUACUAUUUUUAAGGUCGGUGAAAAAUAUUUAUAAUUUCACACUCGGAUUUUUUCAAGGUACAGUGUUCUGGAGGGAAUUGUCAUUAUGGAAACUAAAGUUCCUUCAACUAUAAUUGAGGGUUAAUAUUCAUCUGCUAUUGGACUUCAAAGAAAUGCAUGUCACCAGCUUCAAAUAAUAAGUUUAGAUAAAUUAUCAGGUUAUUAGCACUGGGUAUAACCAUAUCAGGAGAUUAAAUGAGCAUAUCCAGUUUCAUUGAGUCGGUGAAAGAUUUUAAAGUAUCACUGCAGGACAAUAAUUGUUUGGUAUUUUUUUAAGUUAAUAAAGAGCUGAAGAUUUUUUUGCUAUGUUAUACAGAAGUGGCAAUAACUGCAAAUUGUUGCAUGGUAGCUUUAUGUACAUUUCCAAUAUAAAACUUUUGCA